UGCCAUGGCGGGGCAGCUGGAAUCCACGGCAGGGUCCCUGCGGCGAAGCCAAGCAUGCGACAUGCACAUGUCCAUUCCGGCCUCUCGCUGGUGCGUGACCUAUGGAGACUUGAACUUCUUGCGACGUGAAGUGUUGCAGGCAGUGAAAGAGGGCAAGAUUCAGGCACCAGCCAAUGGUUUGGAUGAUUUUGAUCCAUUGGACAAAACCUACGGACCCAGCAUCUACACUGUGAACGAAACGUACAUCAUCCCUGUGACCAGAGAUGCCGGAAUGAUGAGUUGGGCUUUGAUGCGGCAUCCCAGUGGCUUAGACUGCGAGGUCUUCAUCAGCCAUGCAUGGCAGGAAGGCAUCUACGAGUUUCUCACGAAAGUUCAACAGUCGUGGCGGAGAGGUUUGCAGAAUCUGUGGUGCUGCAUGUUGGCGAACCCUCAAAACUUGGACAUUUCCACCUUACUCCGCAGUCCAGCUGAAUCUCCCUUUGCCCUGGCUUUGCGCGCGGCCCAGCUAGUGUUGGUGGUGCCAAAUCGGCACAGGAGUGUCUACACUCGACUCUGGUGCGGAUAUGAGGCGUUUUUGGCACAAGAGGAAGGCAAGAGAAUUCUCAUCGCCAAGAACCCCAAUGUUCCGGGUCUGCGUCCGGCUGCAAUGCGCAUGGCCCUCGCUGGACUGCUGGGAGUGUUCAUCGGCCUGCUGGUGGACUUCAGCUACUUCCCAUGGCCACGGCAGAUUGCCCUUGCUGCGGCGCUGGCUGCUUUCGUAGGGCUUUGGAUCAAACAUCGAGUUGUACGGAUCUUCUUGAACGUCUUGGCAGAGCUGGUUUGUUGCGUGGAAGCCACCCGCCACUUCAGCAGCGAAGCUGAGUCGGCUGAGUCACCCUGGUCGGAUCUCACCACUCUGCCCCUGUGGAUUCAUGAGACGAUGCAUCAUUUGUUCUGGUUGAUGGCCGCCAGCUUCUUCUGCUUGUUGGAGUUGGAUCGCCUUCGCGGAGAGUCCACGGUGUGCGAGGCGCAGCAGCUACGGCAGGGCUACAAGGGCUCCAUCGCGCACGCGGAGUGCGCGCGGCUGACGGAUGCAGUGAAGAUCCACCAGGAAAUUGAUGACCAACAAGAUGCAGUGGAUUAUGCUAUCCAUGUCUUGUUGACUGCAGGAAUGUCCACCCCGGCAUUGCGAUACAUUUCUCGUGCGGGUGUUGACAUUGAGUACGCGGCAUAUGCCGAGAUCACAGCUGCGGCAGUUUUACUGAUACCCUUUGAACUGGGAUCGCUGACAAACUGUAUCUUGUAUUUGCUGUACUUUGGAGGAAGCUGGUACAUUGCAGUGCUUCAGGGCAUCGCAAUUUUGUGCCGGUUGAUUUUAUUGGUCAUAAUUUGUCGGAGGGAGGCAGAUGAGCAGUGCUUUGUUUUGAAGCUGCUGACCAAAUUCGCUGGGAUGCUGAUGAUCCUUGCUGUGUUUGCGGUAUUGCUGGCCUGGUGGUGUCCGUUUUGUGGAAACUUGACAUGGUUGGUGGUCUCUGACACGGGCCUGCUGUGCUUGAUACCAGUGGCGUUGCUGGGAAUACAAGGAACCGCAGAACGGCUGCCUUUUGGACUUGGUCUCUUGCAGUUGUCUUUCGCGCGAGGAUUGAAAGCCUUCGCUGCCUGUCGUCAUAAUUUCCAUCUUGCUCGUGAGAGCACUGAGUCUGACACAGAGUCCUCCAGUUCCAAGGCGAAGGCUGAGGAGAUGGCGCCAGAUGAGCCGGUGCCACGAGAGGACAAGGCUCCGGGCGACCCGGAAGCACCGGAGCUUGCGCCUGAGCGGGCGCCCGAGCCGGCGGCAGCCACUGGUGCAGAGGACUUCUUUGCUGAGAACUCCUUGUCAGUCUCGGACUCUGGCGUGGACCUGCCGCAGAGCCGGCGGAAGGGUCCAGAGGACCUGUUGGCUGAGAACUCUCUGUCCGUGUCAGACGGAGUGGACAUGCCGCGUGGCAGCCGUACCUGUCCAGAGGACCUGUUGGCGGAGAACUCGCUGUCCGUCUCCACCAUGGACGGAGCUGGGAGCCGCACCUGUCAGGACCUGUUGACAGAGCCUUCCUUGUCCUUGUCCAUUCACAGCCCGGAGCCGCCUGAGGCGAUGAAAUCUCCGGCCUUGCCACGUGCAGCUUUGAGGCCUCCUCGUCCCGCAGCCACCUUGCCGACAACAGCGACGCCCACGGGGCCGCACCGAAGCUUUGGGGGUUUGAUGCAGCAAAGUCCAGCGUCAAAGCCUCGUCGACCAGGUGCAAGGAGAAAGGACUUUGAGGAAUUGGGACCCAGGUGUCCGAAUGGCAAGCCCAUGACACGAGAACUCAUGAUGAAGGAGGGCCAGAAGCGUCGAGAAGAUGGUUCCAGAACCCCAACAUUGCGACGUCUUCUUUCCAGAGGCAGCUCUUCCCCUCCCAGUGGCGCAGACACGCCCAGCGGCUUGCUUGGGAGGAUGAAGCAAAAACUUUUGCCCAGCCGAGCGCCCACCCCGAGUCCGGCGAGCCGGGGUCGCGGUCCUGGUCGAGAUUUUGGUGGUGGAGAUCGCUUUGGUGUUGUGAAAUCUUCGAAGGUCCGGUCCUGGCUCUGGGUUCCAGAUUUGCGUCACAAGGCCCCACGACUUCUCGCGACCACCCGCGCGAGCUGCUAUCACGUCAUGGAUCUCACGCCUCCUAUCUCCGUGGGAAGCAUGUUGGAUGACAAGUUGUCUGAGCUCUCGGAUCGCCUGAAGCGUUGCGAGUCGCAGCUGCGCCGCAGCGAGACGGCGGCCGAGGCCAAGGCCGAGGAGAUCAAAAUGAUGAAAGACACCUUGGCAGGCAAGGCCGAUGCCGAGGAGAUCAUCGCUCGGGUGGAUGAUCUCGCUCAGGCUUUGCAGCGCAAGGCGGAUUCAGCUGAUGUGGCCGCCAAAUUGCAGCUAGAGGCAGUGAAGAUGAUUUUGGAGUUGAAGGCUGAUGGGAAAGACGUGGCCUCGAAGGAGCAAGUGAUCUUGCUGCAGCAGCAGCUGGGAAGCUUCGAGGCCAAGAGUUCGAGUUUGGCAACGCAGCUGCAGGAGCUGCAGCAGAGCCUGGCGACCAAGGCGGAUCGCUCCCUGGUUCCGAGCUUGGAGGUCUUUGAUGCCAAGAUGCAAGAAAAGGCAGAUGCCUCCUCGGUGCCGACCAAUGGUCACCUGAAGGCGGUGAUGAAGAUCUUGGAGCUAAAGGCGGAUUCCGAAAAGGUGGUGAAGAUCACGGACUUCCAGGCCUUACAACAGACGCUGCAAGACUGUGUGGCUGCCAAGUCACAGCUGCAUGCGCUGAACGCCCUGGUGCUCACGAAGGAGGCGGAACUUCAGAGCCUCCAAGCGGAGCUGCAGCGCAAAGCCAACGCCGCGGAGGUGGCAACAGCACUGGACCUGCGCAGUCUGGAGCAAAAGUUUCAGGAUGUGGUGACUACUCAUCAACACCAAGCCCUGACGAAGACGCUGGAGAACAAGGCGGACUCCUGGGAUGUGGUAAGCCUCAGGAAGCUGCUGGAAACGAAGGCGGCCUCCGAGGAAGUGCCGAAGAUUCAGGACUUCCAACGCCUGGUCCAUGAGGUGAGUGAGAAAGCUGACAGCAAGGAUGUGCCCAGUAUGGAGGAAUUCGACACACUUAGGGACUUCCAUCAUUUGCGUGAUCGCGUGCAGAGGAAAGCGGAUCGUGAUGGAGUGCCAAGCUUGGCGCAGUUCCAAUCAAUGAACUCUACCCUGGCCAAGUUGGUGGAAGGUGAUUCGACGCCGGGCACCCUGAAGCGCCGUCGCUCCCCGGAUCCGCAUGUGGCCUCUCCAGUUCGUGCGCCUUCCACACCAGCCCGGGCUGCCACAACCCCCGCGCAGACGCCUGCGCCGCAGACGCCUCGCCCCUGCCCCGGCACCCCGCGGCCGCUGACGGCGCCGGCACAGCCGACGUCGCCAGUGGUGCCGGCACCCAGCACCCCGAAGCCACAGUCGCUGACGCCGUUUGCGCCGCGGAAAGCGGCCAAGAAGAGCGACACGCCAACCGUGGAGGUCCAACAGGUGGCCACACCCGCCCGAGCCGCUUCGGUGGAGGCAAAGGAGAAGGUCACCAAGGAGGCGACGACACCGGCCCGUCCUCGUGGGCGUCCUCGAAAGGAUCGAGGUGAGGAGGCGACGACACCGGCCCGAAAGGCCCAGGUGGGGCAUCCGAAACCUCAUUCCAGAGUUCCCAAGGUCAAGUCCGGCGCCAAGAAGGGCGAAUCCAUGGUGUGGAGCACGAGCCUCGGCAAUUGGGUGGAGCCUUGA